AGAUAGUCGUUAACAUUCACCCGCCUGAAACUUGAAGCCCUGAAGAUGCACCUCUUCAUCUUCAACUUCAUCUUCAAAUUCUAAGCUCCCCCUAAAAUGUUGCACUCCCUAACUCACCUUCCCGCCUCCUCUCUCCCGCCAAAAACCCUAACCCACCACCAAUCCUUCUCUCCCUUCUUCUCCUUCCCCCAAACCCCCAAACCCUCCAAAUUCACUAUCCGGAGCUCCGCCGCCGGCCCCCAGACCCUCGCCCCCAACUCCGCCAUCCAACGAAUCGCCGAGAAGCUCCGCAGCCUCGGGUUCGCCGAAGACGACACCAAAAAGCCCGAGUCCAAACCCGACCCGAACUCCGCCGGCGAAAUCUUCGUCCCCCUGCCGGAGACUCUCCCCAAGUACCGCGUCGGGCACACCAUCGAUGCCAGCUGGAGCACGCCGGAGAAUCCGGUGCCGGAGCCGGGGACGGGGAGGGCGAUUUCGAGGUUUCAUGAGAUGAGGAGAGAGCUGAGGAGGCAGAAGCAGGUUGAGGAGUUGGAGAAGAAGGAGAAGAAAGAAGAGAGGGUUGCUACAUUGGCCGAGAUGAGCUUGUCUGGGGCUGAGCUGAGGCGGUUGAGGACGGUUGGGAUUGAGCUGAACAAGAAGAUUAAGGUUGGGAAGGCUGGGAUUACUGAGGGGAUUGUGAAUGGGAUUCAUGAGAAUUGGCGGAGAUCGGAGGUUGUGAAGAUUGUGUGUGAGGAUUUGUGUAGGUUGAACAUGAAGAGGACUCAUGAUUUGUUGGAGAGAAAAACUGGAGGGAUGGUUGUUUGGAGGUCAGGAGCGAAGAUAGUUUUGUACAGGGGGGUGAACUAUAAGUAUCCUUACUUUUUGCGGGGUAAAAAUCAUGAGGAUUUGACGAGUGAUGGUUCUGGUGAUGCGCUACCGGAUGCACACAUCAGUGAUGGAGGAACAGAUAAAGCAAACUCUGCUACAGGAUCAAGUCCAACUGACGAAGGAGCUCAGCCAGCGUUAAUACAAGGGGUUGGUUUGGCAAAUAGGUUUCGGUUUCAACUUCCAGGUGAGGCAGAACUUGCUGGAGAAGCUGACCGCUUGUUAGAGGGACUUGGGCCGCGGUUUACUGAUUGGUGGGGAUAUGAACCUCUCCCUGUUGACGGGGACCUUCUACCAGCUAUUUUGCCUGGAUACAGGAGACCUUUCCGCCUUCUUCCGUAUGGCUUGCAGCCUAAGCUAACAGAUGAUGAAAUGACCACAAUUAGGAGACUUGCCCGACCCUUGCCAUGUCAUUUUGCAUUGGGAAGAAAUAGAAAGCUUCAAGGGUUGGCUGCUUCUAUUGUCAAACUCUGGGAAAAAUGUGAGAUUGCCAAGGUAGCUGUUAAAAGAGGGGUUCAGAACACUAAUAGUGAGCUGAUGGCUGAAGAGUUGAAGAGGCUGACUGGAGGAACUCUGAUUGCUCGGGACAGGGAAUUUAUUGUUUUAUACAGGGGAAAGGAUUUUCUGCCGCCUGCAGUUUCCUCUGCCAUAGAAGAGCGUAGGAAGUCUGUAAUAUAUGCAGAUAAUCGGAGCAGGCAGUUGAGCAUUUCUGCUACAACGGCACAGGACCAUAAAUCCAGGACUGACCCGGAAAAUAAAAAUGAUCUGACCAAUGGUCUUCCAUCUGAAAAAAGAAAGCUAAAGUCUACUGAGGCAGCUGCCAGUAGAGCCAGCAUUAAAUUAUCCAUGGCUUUAGAAAAGAGAGAAAAGGCAGAGAAACUUCUAGCGGAGCUGGAGAAAGCAGAGAGUCCCCAGCAACCUGAAAUAGAUAAAGAAGGUAUAACUGAAGAGGAAAGAUAUAUGCUAAGGAAGGUUGGCUUGAAAAUGAAGCCUUUCCUACUAAUGGGUAGACGAGGAGUAUUUGCUGGGACAAUUGAAAACAUGCAUCUCCAUUGGAAAUAUAGGGAGCUCAUUAAGAUAAUAUGUAAUGAGAAAAGCAUUGAAUCUGCUCAGCAAGUAGCACAAACUUUAGAGUCAGAAAGUGGUGGGAUACUUGUGGCAGUGGAGAGAGUAAGUAAGGGUUAUGCAAUCAUUGUGUAUCGUGGAAAAAAUUACAUCCGGCCUGCUAAUUUGAGACCUCAGACACUUCUGACUAAACGAGAAGCACUGAAGCGUUCUAUUGAGGCACAGCGUCGUGAGUCCUUGAAACUUCAUGUUUUAAAGCUUAAUAAGAACAUAGAUGAAUUGGAGCAAUUGGUGGUUAAAGACAAGGGCGCAAACAAUAUGCACUCUGUCAAUGAAUCAAAGGAAUUGGUCAGGGAGGAGGUGAACAAUGUUGAAUCAGAAGAACAUUUGAUAUCAGAUACUGAACUUAACUAUGGUGCUCAUUCGGUUCAACCUGAUUUGCAUGAAGAGAUUGUCAAGGUUAGAGACAAACAAGAAUCUCUUGUGACAAAGAUGGAUGUAAAUGAUGGAAUGGGUGCUCUCAUGAAUGGCUACUCAGCCACACAACAGGGUGAGGGGUACGGUCGCUCUUCAAGCUGUGAUGUGGAGGAGACUGAUAAAGUGGAACCAGGGUCUUCAAAUGAAUCAAUUACAAGUGAAUCCCCGGCAAAUUUUUUCAAUGAUAGAAAGGGAGAAGUUGGAGACUUAGUAAAGGCUAGAGACAAACAAGAACCUCAUGUCAUAAAUGCGGAUAUUGAUGAUGGAAUGAGUCCUUUCAUGAACAGGCAGUUAGCCACACAACAAGAUAAGGGGAUUACUUUCUCUUCGACAUGUGAUGAGGAUGGGUCUGGUAAAGUUGAACCAGUAUCUGCAAAUGAAUCUGUUACAAAUGAAACCCAUGCAGAUUUUUUUGAUGAUAUAAAUGAAGAAGUUGGAGUUUUCAUUGAGGCUAGAGCCAACCAAGAUUUACAAGUGACUCAAAUGGAUUUAAAUGUUGGAAUGGGUGCUGUAAUGAACAGCCAAUUAGCCACUCAACAGGAUAAGGAGAUUUUCUCUUCAAUGUGUGAUGAGAAUGAGACUGGUAGAGUUGAUCCAGGAUCUUUAGUUACAAUUGAAACCCAUCCAACGUUCUUUAAGGAUGGAGAUAGAGAAGUUGAAGCUUUUGCUUCUACAUCUUUCCCUGAAGGUGUUAUGUCAAGAGGUCUGAGCAGUUCUGCAAUUGUUGACAAUCAGCAUAAUCGUUUUGAUAAUGAGGCCCGGGAGUCAUUAGGUAGAUCUGACAAUAGUAAAUCAAAAUUGCCAGUGCCAAUAAUGGGAAGAAAGAUUUUGAAUGACAUGCCCUCGAGACCUGUGCAUUUGUCCAACAGUGAGAGGCUUCUUCUGCGAAAGCAAGCCCUCAAGAUGAAAAAACGCCCUGUCCUUGCCGUUGGCAGGAACAAUAUUGUAACUGGUGUUGCAAAAGCAAUCAAGGCGCACUUUGAGAGGCAUCCUCUUGCCAUAGUAAAUGUCAAAGGCAGAGCAAAAGGAACUUCAGUCAGGGAAAUUGUUUUUAAACUGGAGCAAGCAACAGGUGCAGUUUUAGUCUCCCAGGAGCCAAGCAAAGUUAUACUUUACAGAGGUUGGGGUGCAGGAGAUAGUCCUGGAAAUAAUGAUAAGAAGAACACAAGUGGGAAAAAGGCUGCUCCUGUGUCUCCUGAACUCUUGGCGGCAAUAAGACUUGAGUGUGGUUUACAGAAUCACGAAAAGGAAGAUGCAACCGUGGAGGCUGGAUUCUAAGUUUGUACCAGAAGUUACCCACUGCAGAGACCAUGCACAUACACUCACUAGAUACUUAGUUAGCAAGGAUUCACAUUUGUUCACAUCAUCUUUAGGGCCUGAAUAUAUCCGGAAACUCUUCUUUUGGCAGCUCCAAUCCAGGAAUACCAUCUCAAUGAGCAUCAUCGUUAGCUCCACGGGUAUUGCUUGUACGCUGAAUAUAUUGUACCCCAUUUGUAUAUAGAAUGCUUUGUUGAUAUAUCUAGUGACUGAUCUUGCUACAUUGCAAGUCAGAGAGCUUGUUUUCGGGUAGAGUUGAGGUUCAGGUUAUGAUAGAAUUGGAGUGUAAUUUCUCUAUGCACCCUUCUCUAUGUUAAUUUUUGACCAUUUGUAAACAUUAUUGAGAAGAAAAAUAUUGGUGAUCCUAGCAUUGACUGAAAUAGAAAA